GCAAUGGAUUCAAAUAUUCAUAUACACUACAAACCGUCUGCCUAGUCUAGCCAUUACAUUUUCUACCUUCUGAGAGGUAGAAUCAGAACGUUGAAUUGAAAACAAUAUUUAUCAGAAAAUAAAAAGGUGUAAAUUUUGGAAAAUAUUGCUGCAAAUUUGUACGGUGGUGAUAAUCUAUUUGAGUGAUUUGUUUAAUCUAUACAUUUUUCGACGUGCUAUACAUAACGUUCUUGCUGUGUGGAUUAGAUUCAAAUUUUCAGUUGUGAUUGCAUACGGAAAUUCAAUAUGAAAUUCACACAUGUUGUUAAUGCAUUGGUCAUUGCACUCUCCUGCCACAAUGAUGUACAUGGACAAGUAACAUUUCUCGAAAAAUAUCGACCAGAGUAUCGUAUGUUUCGUAAUUCGUUGUUCAAUUUUAUUGGCAGAUCGGAUAGCGAAAAAUCAUACAAUUGGAAUUACAAAAAGGGGAAAGUUCAAAAACCAUUUCCGGAAUCUCAUAAAUUCUUCUGUGAUCCGAAGGGGCCUGGAAAGCGUAGCGAUUCUAUACCUAAAUCGGUACAUCAAUUAACACCUGGUGAUAUCGAUAUAAUUGCUGCUAUGGGAGAUUCCCUAACCGCAGGGAAUGGUGCGUUGGCCACAAAUAUUCUGCAGGUGCUUAUUGAAAAUAAAGGUGUUUCCUGGUCGAUUGGCGGUCAAAGUAAAUGGCAAAAGUAUCUGACUGUACCAAACAUUAUUAAAGUUUUCAAUCCAAACCUUUACGGAUACUCAUUAUCGGAUGGUUACUCAACUGAUAAACGGUCAAGAUUCAAUACUGCAGAAAUCGGAGCGAUGUCAAGAGAUAUUCCACAUGAGGCUAAGGUUUUGGUGAAGAGGAUGACUUCAGAUUCUCGAGUGAAAUUGAAUGAACACUGGAAGAUGAUAACAAUCCUUAUCGGACCCAAUGACUUUUGCUUGGACAUGUGUUACGCAAAAAAUCCAGAAAAAACUAUCGAUUAUCAUGAAAGAGACCUGAUUAGUGCCUUGAGAACCUUACGAAAAAACUUACCCAGAACCAUGGUUAAUUUAGUGACCCCACCGAGUAUGAAAGUUAUUACUGAACUCCGAGGAAAACCAGCAGAAUGUGAAUCUUCGCAUCAUGUAGAAUGUCCUUGUGCCUUCGGAUUCGCUUACAGAAACAAACGUCAAUACUACUUCGACAUUAUGGAGCGAUGGAAGGAUGUUGUGGAAAAGGUGUCUCGAAUGGACGAAUUUAAUGGAGAAGACUUUACUGUGAAUAACCAACCGUUUUUGAAGAAUGUCACAUUUCCAACACUGCCUAACGGCAAUCAUGACUUUACGUACAUGUCAAUGGAUUGUUUCCACUUGAGUCAAAAGGGAUAUGCAAGAGCUGCAAACGCUUUGUGGAAUAAUAUGAUGGAACCAGAUGGACAGAAAUCCACAAAUUGGCAAAAGGAAUUCACAAAAUUUGUAUGUCCUACUGUGGAUCGACCGUAUCUAGCCACAAAAGGAAAUAGCUGACGAAUCGAGCAAAUGGCUUAGCAUCACAUUUUAGAGUUAAAUUUUUCUAUUUAUUUUAUAUGUUAGACGAAACGAAAGUGUUCAAUAAAAUGUAAAUGUCCUGCCGAGAAAUCUACCUCGAUUUGCGGUAUAGUAAC